AUGCCGUCCUCCACAGCAGAAACUCCGCGUUUCCCACGCUUCUUCCGGCCUCUUCCAAAUCCAGCGAAGGAACAGGACAUCCCCUCCGAGAUCACCACGCCCACAGCACCUCGCCGGACGAGGUCCGUUCGAGCAUCAGAGGACACACCAACUCGUCAACGCACGUUUCGAGCAAGUGGCUCCGCCGCUGUUGCCUUUCCGCGCCCUACCAGUGCGCAGACAUCCUCUCAAAGACCGCAUGAAUAUUCGAGUCCGCAUCACGGGUCGCCAUGCACGGCUCUUUGCCUUUCACAUCUCCUGACCUGCGAUCACAAGGUCCAUACCCCGUCGCCGGAGCCGUGUGCAUCGAACUGUCACGUUGCAAAGCACCCGGAUUACUCCCAACCACGAUCUCUCGACUCGCCGUUCGUGUGUCCGACUUGUUUGGCUGAGCAUCUGGUACAGCGGAAUGAUGAGCGAGAGUCGGCGUUCCGAGCCGAGAUCAAGGCCAUCGCAAAGGAAAGGCGGGAAAGUAAAGCCUGGGUGGAGAAGAAAGUCGGGUUCAUGAGGCUUGGCUGGGCAGACGAGGACGAAGUGGAAGUCAGUGUGUUCUACGAGUUUGGUCGGGUCUGCGAGGGAUUUUGGGUUGAUGAAGAGUGGAGGGAACUGAUCGAGAGGGGUAGCAGAGCGUGGAGGGAGAAGAGAGAACAGGGCAAAGGUUUGCAUGUUUUCGAGGACGAGGACGAACUCGAGACGACCGUUCUGGAUGUCCAGGAUAAGGUGUCCGAUGCGUGUGGAGAGUCUUCGCCGACUGGUUCGGUGCGAAGUGCCUUUGAGAAGAUCAAACGGAGUUCGAGGGGCUUGGAGUUCCGAAUGCCGGCAUACCGGAGGCCUUGA